AUGUCGAAGCCUACAACAGAAAUAGACCUUUCUGGGUUUGGCCUGGAACGAAUACAGCACAUCGGCCGCGGUCAGUACGCCAGUGCCCAGCUUGUGAAAGAAACGGCAUCUGGGCAAACUUUCGUGGCCAAGUGCAUCUCUUUGGCUGCCCUGAACGAACAUGACCAGGACUUGGCACACCAGGAGGUUUUCCUAUUGCAGACGCUGGCCCAUCCUUACAUUGUGGCAUACAGAGAUAGCUUCCUGAUUGAGGGAGCCAAUACUCUUGUGAUCGUGAUGGAGCAUUGUGGGGGUGGUGACGUUCGGAAAGCGAUCAAGGAGAAAGCAAAACAAGGUGCACAUUUUUCAGAGGAGCAAAUCAUGACGUGGUUUGUGCAGCUCUGCCUGGCUUUGCAGUACAUACACUCAGAGAAAGUCCUGCAUCGUGACCUGAAGACAUCCAACAUCUUUCUCACAGAAGAUGGUUCAGCUAUCAAGCUCGGAGACUUUGGUAUCUCCCGGGUCCUGGAAGGGACCACUGAGGCGGCUGUGACCAUUGUGGGUACGCCUUACUAUAUGUCACCAGAAGUUUGUCGAAGCGAGCCUUACAACUGGAAAUCUGAUAUUUGGGCUUUGGGAUGUGUGCUCUAUGAGUGCUGUAUGCUCAAACACGCUUUUGAGUCAUCCUCCCUGUUGGGUCUCGUCUACAAGAUUGUAAGUGAUCACUAUGAUCCAAUUCCAUCGUUUUAUUCGGCUGAGCUGAAUAAUCUCAUCAACCAGCUCUUGAUGAAGAAUGCAGAGUCUCGGCCUUCUAUCAACGAACUCUUUGCGAAUCCUUACGUGAAGGCUUACCUGGCAAAGCAAUCCGCCCCAGUGGCAGCACCGAGUCCUCCACCUCCUGAACCAAAGAAGACAACUUUGAGGCAGGAACUGAAUUUGGUGCCAAUAGGAACAAGAAGCUACUAG